UUCCCCUGGUUUAUUUUAUUUUGUCUUCUUUUUUUUUUUUUUUCCAAAUCAGGUCUGUUGACCACUCUCCAUCUGAGGCACCCUGUGCUCCCUUGACUCCACCCUCUCCAGGAAUGAUCACCAAGACCCACAAAGGAGACCUGAACCUUAGGCUUCCAGAGAAAAACAAGGAGAAGGAGAAGGUAGUAAUCAGAGAACCAGAGACUCAGUACUCAGUUGUAAACAGAAACAGUUAUUUUACUGAAGUCUUUCCCACAAGAGCCGUAUCACCCAUGAAGAGUGUGAUCCAAGGGCAGGUAUCUGAGAUGCCUCUAGUGAAGAAAAUAAGGAAGAAAAAGAAGGGCCACAGCACCCGCUGUGAGGAGCACCUAGAACUUGAGACCAUGUUACGUGCCAGGUGGACAGAGAAGUCUUCCAGCCCCAGGGCACAGGCUUUUGGUCCAUCUGAGCUCCUAAGUGGAGAAAAGAAAAAGAAGAGGAAGUUCUUUUGGCCUCUGGCCACAUCCCCUGAUUUGAGGAUGAAGACCUUCCUGGACCCCAGACAGAGAGAGGAAGUGACCAGAGUUGGCAAGAAGCUCAAAAUACACAAGAAGGAAGGAAAAGCCCAGGAAACCGCAGCCCUCUCAGUUGGGGACACUUGGUUCAUCAAGGCCAGGAAUCUGCAUGCUUGCUCAUUGGGAAAGGAUGACCAGGAAGAGGCAGCUUUGGGGCAGAAAAGGAAGCAGGGAAGCCCCAGGGAACACAACAUGAAGAUGAAGAAGAAGAAAAUCCACCAGGAGGGAGACACCCACCUUGGCCACCCCAAGCCCUCUAGGUCUAUGGAGAGCAGCCCUAGGAAAGGAAGUAAAAAGAAGGCAGUCAAAGUUGAGGCUUCAGAAUACAUCCCAAUAGGAGAUGGCCUCAAAUCCCCUGUGAAGAAGAAAAGAAAGUCCAAUAAAAAGGCACGGCAGCAGCUAGGCAUUGAGGAGCCAGCUCUGAAGAGAAAAAGAACAAAGAAGAGGAAAGAGAACAAAGUAUCAGGAGAAACUUGGGAGGAGGAGCCUGACACAGACUUAGAGGUGGUGUUGGAAAAGAAAGGCAAUAUGGAUGAGGCACACAUAGACCAGGUGAGGCGAAAGGCUUUGCAAGAAGAGAUUGAUCGUGAGUCAGGCAAAACAGAAGCUUCUGAAACCCAAAAGUGGGCAGGAACUCAGUUUGGUCAAUGGGAUACUACUGGUUUUGACAACGAGGAACAGAAACUGAAAUUUCUCAAACUUAUGGGUAGCUUUAAAAAUCUGUCCCCUUCAUUCAGCCACACCCCUGACACGAUUGGAAGGCCCAACAUGGCACUCAACAGGAAGGCUGCUGACACCCUGCAGCAAAGCCUGCAGCAGGACCAGGACCGGGCCAUGAGCUGGAAGUACAGCUCGGGCACUGGCCUUAGCUUCAGUACCACCCCAAAUAAGAUCUUUUAUAUUGACAGGAAUGCUUCCAAGUCAAUCAAGUUUGAAGAUUAAACUCCACUGUCCUGUCUCCCAAGUUAAAAUUGCUUUUAUUAUUCAGUUAUACAGACGAAGGCUUUGUGACAGUUGUCUGAAACUGAACUCCUACAAAGAUAAAGGAGUGGGGGCAUCUUAUGUUUCAGGAGCCAAUAGAAUAUGUGAGUGGGUAAAAACAAGGUUUCUGUGUUAAGCCUUCCAUCCCAAUUUGAAGACAUUACGUACAAGGAGGGGGGCUCCAUAAAACCAGAAUUCAUUUAUAAAAAAUGCAUAUUUAUGCUUACAUGUUUAACUUCAGUCACCUUCAAAGUACUCUCCAUUUGAUGCAAUACACCUAUUGAGAUUCCCCCCGCAACUGUUCAAAAAUUUCUGAACUUGUUGAUUUUGAUGCCUUUUAGUACUUCUACCAUUUUUUGUUUCACCCAUUUCACAUGAGCAAAACAUUUACCUUUGAAGACCUUUUUCAUCUGAAGGAACAAGAAAAAGUCACUCAGGGCAAGAUCGGGUGAAUAGGGAGGGUGGAGCACCAAGGGACAUGCCAUUUUGCUCAAAAACUGCUCAACACUCAGUACAGUGUGGGCAGGUGCACUCAUAAAUCACCCAUCAUGAAAUGGGCAAAUGCACUGAAAGGGUCUUAAAAAAAAAAAAAUCACUGAAGCCAAACACAGCCUCUCACAAUAACACCAACUGGUACACUGAUACAGAUGGGUUCCUAGAACAGUGGGGGAAGCCUGUACCACAAGGAGCCCACCCUCCAAAAGACCAGUUUUUUUAGGGGGACCCCCCCAUAUAAAUAAUAUUUGUUGAGUACAUGCCAGAAGUAUACCAGUGUUUCACUUGUGUUAAUGUAAUAUUCUUAACUAUGAAAUAGGUGCUGUUGUUAUCCCCAUCUUACAGAUCAGGAAUCUGGAGUUCAGGGAUGAAUAACUUCCCAGGAUCAUCUAGCUAGUAAGUGCAGUGUGUUAUACUUUCAUAACUCAAGCCCUAUACUAAUGUUCACUACUGUAAACAUACCUCCCCCCGUUGGAAUUUCUCCUGGAAUACUCACUGGAGUGUUAUAUAAAUGAGUUCUGAUUGUAGUAACAGAAAUCUAUUACAGAAAUCUCAAACAGGAGGUAGAAUUAGUCAUGAACAGAAGUGACAAACUCAUUUUCCUUUUCAAUCUUGGAAUAGCUGCAGGCAAAUAAGCAUCUUGAAUUGCCACCAAGCAAACGUGGCUAAGUAAUCAGUUCCUGGGAAAUGUGUUUUGAAACCAAUCUUGUCCAGCUACCUGCCUUCUAACUCCAGUAGUGAGCUUGGAUUUACGGUUUCUGCUUUUACUGAAUUAUGAACAAGACAUUUUUGAGAGUGGUUAGUCCAGGAACCAAUAGCAAAUUCCCAGGGAUGUGUUUAUUAGAUUAUUUUCCAUCAUGAAGAAGGAAUCCCAUGUGACUUGGUAGAGGUCCAAUGCCAGGAGGCACAGACUUGUGGGGAUAACCCCAGAAGUUACCUUAUCAGCUGUGGACAGUGUUCCCAAGCCUGAGUGCUAGAGUCAGCCUCACAGAGCUCCAGGUACAGUAACCCAAGUGGCAUGUGACUAUGUUCUCUCCAUUCACCUAGCAUUUUGCUUCCCAAAAUACAUGAUUGGGAAAUUUCCACAUCACUUGGCUUGAAUGCCUCCUACAGACAUCCUGUCUCAAGCAGGCCUAAAUAACCAGGAGAUAAAGUCUCAGAUGGCAGGAAGUCCUGAUGUAGACAGUUGAUCCAGUGGCUCAUCAAGGAAACACUCUUCCUUUCUUCUCCAUCAUUAGUGGUGGCUUCAUCAGGCUGGUGGAGAGAUGGCUAUAGCAAUUCCAGGGUGCUUAUCAAGAUACUAGAAUAUUCCAGGGGAAGAAAAACCUUGUGGUUCACAGAAACUUCCAAAAGUCCCCCAAGGUACACUUCAUGAACCAGUCCCUGACACAUGGCCAGUAAGCAAGCAGUGAGGCCAGUAAGCAAGAAGUGAGGAGCAGAUGCUUGUGAGACGAACGUGGGCAGAGGUGAGGCAGGCUUACCAGGAUUCCAACCAGCCAGGCCAGGCGUCCUACUAAUCUGCACUAGCAAUGACUGGAGUGGGCCAGUGCCCUCAGGACAUGAAUUUGGCCUUUCAUGGAUUCAGCCUUGAGAUACAUAAUGGAAGAGGCCACCCAAAUGCUUAGAAUGAGAGACUCUGUAUUGGAGUUAGCUUUGAAGCACCUCCUUUGACAAAGGACUAAGUCUUCUUGCCUUGAUCAAUACUAUAGGAUUUUGUUUCAUAUAAAACAGGGGUCCCCAACAUCCAGGCCGCAGACUAGUACCGGUCUGGGCCUGUCAGGAACCGGGCUAGACCACACAGCAGGAAACAUCCUGAAACCAUUCCCACCUCCCCAUCUGUGGAAAAAUUGUCUUCCAUGAAACUGUGUUUCUGGUGACAAAAAGGUUGGAGACCACUGGUGUAAAAGGAAACCAACUGACUACUCUGAUCAUUUUUAUCUUGCAAGAGACCACACUGCUUUGGGACUGACUGCCUUGGCUCAUGAGGAAGGAUUGUGGCUAGCCAUCUAUCCCUUGGGUGAUUCUGGAGAGAGGAUGAUGGAUUGUCCACUGUCUUAUCCUCAUAGUGAUAAGCUUUCAUUAGGGUUUGAUAGUCAGGCCUUUCAUAUCCUGUUUAAUAUAAAUAGUGUAGUAGGAUCUGACUUUUGAAUUCACUCUAUCACCACUUACUGAAGAGGAAAGUUGCUCAGAGUAAAGUUUAUUGAAUUCUGUGCCUUAAACAGGGUCUAGCCAGGAAGGUUGGGCAACCAAGAUAGCAAGAUAUCACUGUGUCCUCAGAUUUAACUUAACCUUGUCUAUGCAAACUGCCAUUGCUUACAUGAGUAGGUCUGUGUCUUGCAACAAUCUGAGGUCUUAGGUGGACUUCCUGUCUGACCUGGUGUUAGCUGGGUUCCUGUCCUUUGUGAAUUAAACCAUAUUGGCUUCAGCCACCCCUGACCCUCUUGCCCAGUACCCUCCUCCAGCUGCAAGAUUUGGGGUGAUUUCCAUGUUCAUUUCUUGACUCUGAGUAGACACAGCCUGUCUCGAUCAGAACUAGGAGGUUUUAGAUUUUUGUUCAAAAUCUCAGGGAGAUGGACAGGGGAGGUCUAGCCUGGCCAAAGUCUUAUUUUAAAGCCCCUUUCUCAAACAUGUUGGCUGUUUUUCCCUUGGGGUUAUCCUACUGACUAAUCCUCCUUCUCUCCUUACAAUUGCCCUUAUCCAGCUGUUCCCAAAACCUCAUGAUUCUUAGCCACUUUAUAAACUUAGAACUAUUCAAGAUUAUAGUUGGCAGAAUGCCCUGCCACCCCAAAUAUAUGCUCAUGUCCUAGUCACCAGAACCUGUGAAUGUUAGGAUACAAAAUAAAAAGGAGUUUAAGGUAACAUACAGAAUUAAGGUUGCUAAUCAGCUGACCUUAAAAUAAGAUUAUCCUGGAUUAUCCAAAUGGGCCCAGUCUUAUCACAAGGGUCCUUUAAUGUGGAAGAGGGAGACACACUGUAGGAGACUCCACAAGCUGGUGGUGGCUUUGAAGAAGAAAGAAAGGAACACAAGGCAAGGCAGGCAGGCAGUCUGUAAGAACUGGAAAAGGCAGAAAAUGGAUUCCCUAGAGCUGCCCGAAGUAACCAGUCCUGCUGUAAUACCUUGAUUUUGAAGGUAAGCCCACUGAGACUAACUGGACUUCUGGCCAGUAGAACUGUAAGGUGAUAAUAGUGUUCUUUAAGCCACUAAGCUUGUAGUAAUUUACUGAUAUUAAAGCAGUGAAAGAAAAUGAACAUAGGUCUCAUGCAUAAGUUUUCCUCAUUUUUACCUUAAUUAUUAAAUCUUGGGGCUUUUUUAGUGUUCCAUCAUCUUUUGAUUAGACUUUAUCUCAUGUAGGCUGUGGCUUUUAGGGAUGGGCUAAUUGAUAUAAUAUUGGGCUGGAGAAAACUUCACAAGAACAUAGAAAACCUACACCUCUGCCUGGCCAAGCUAUAUGAUUCAGAAGUUAUUUUGGUGUACAUAUACCUGACCUGGGGAAAUCCAACUUCAGGAGAAUAUAAGAGUGACAAGAAUUUGCUGACUCUGGCUCAGGAACUAAUGCUGUCUGAUGUGUUCAGCCUCAUAGUAGAAGAAAUGACUUUUUAAGGCACAUAAUUUGUGAAUUUUCCAACUGUUUUAUUUAAAUAGUACCAUA